AUGGGUUCUAACAGCUCUAUUGCCAAUCUUAGAACCGAUCAGAAUGCUGAAUGCGACAGAGCACAGCAUCAAGAAAACAAUAUGACUGGACACUAUGUCGACCAAGAUUGUCUAUUGGCCGUCAUGGACCUGUUCUCUGAGCUAGAGGUUCCGACUGAGCGGAUUAGACACUUAUCUUCAAUAGAUGCCAGUCAACUUAAUUUGACGGCACAAACGAUCACCGCGGUGUUUCGUCGCUUAUCUACCAUUUUGAUAUGUCCUUGCUCUGAGCGCACUGAAAUUGGCAUGUUGAUAUCUGCCAUCUGUAUGACUAUCAUCGAUAUACAUGCUAUGACACUUGCUAAAUCCGCUUUUAACAACCCUUCGCCAACGCACCCGACAGUUAUUCGGGAUGAUCAUGGGGCCAUUGCCCAGGAGUCACCGGAAAAUGAAGCCACAGCCAUGCGAGUACUAAGAGAGCUUUCUAAGGUGGCCAAGCUAGUUUUGCAAUUCACAGAGCGAUAUUGUGGAGACGACAGGGGUCCACAAGUCCAUCUCGAAGGCAAUGGUAUGCCAUUGGAAAUUUUGCCAACUUUGGCUAGUCUUAUUCGUGAGAGGUUACAUAAAAUUACCAGUGAUGCAACAUACUGGCUGCGAUAG